CCGUUAAGCUGAUGCCACGUGGACCCGCUCCCGCACUAUAAACCCCCAAGUGAAGUACGAUCAUACUAUACUACUAGUAGUUGAAGAGUUGUGUUUAAGUUGGACACAAGUAACAGAUUCACUCCUCCCAUUAAGCUUCAACACUGACUCUGGGAAUGGCAACUACUGCUCAGUUCGCGUCAAGGACCUCACAGCUCAACAGCCAUGACUCCUCUCACUUUGCCUUCAACUCUCAUAUCCUUCCCCACACUGGUUUGAGGACUCUUAACAUGGUCGAUAAGCUCCAUUUGAGGUCACUUGCUGCUCGAGCCGGGAAAAAGAUUUCUCCUGCUACUCCAAAUCUCAAGCCUACCUCCAUUACCUGCAGCCAUGGAAUGAGCUUGGUCUUUGUUUCUACUGAAGUUGCUCCGUGGAGCAAAACUGGUGGACUUGGUGAUGUUGUUGGUGGACUUCCUCCUGCGCUGGCUGCAAGAGGGCACCGUGUCAUGACUGUCUCUCCUCGCUAUGAUCAGUACAAGGAUGCUUGGGACACCUGCGUCUCCGUUGAGAUUAAAGUUGGGGACAGAAGUGAAAUUGUUCGCUUCUUCCACUGCUACAAGAGAGGAGUUGAUCGUGUCUUUGUUGAUCACCCAAUGUUCCUUGAGAAGGUUUGGGGCAAAACUGGAUCUAAAAUCUAUGGUCCAGCAGCGGGACUGGAUUACCAGGACAACCAACUCCGAUUUAGCUUGCUGUGCCUCGCUGCUCUGGAAGCCCCAAGAGUUCUGAACUUGAACAGCAACAAAAACUUCUCAGGGCCAUAUGGAGACAAUGUUGUCUUCAUUGGUAAUGAUUGGCACACUGCUCUUCUUCCGUGUUACUUGAAAUCCAUAUACAAACCCAAUGGUAUUUACAGAAGUGCCAAGGUCGCCUUUUGCAUCCACAACAUUGCAUACCAAGGCAGAUUCCCCUUUUCAGAAUUUUCCGUCCUUAAUUUGCCAGAUCAGUUCAAGAGCUCUUUUGACUUUAUUGAUGGCUAUGUGAAGCCAGUUAAGGGAAGGAAAAUCAAUUGGAUGAAGGCUGGAAUUUUGGAAUCAGACAGGGUUUUGACUGUGAGCCCAUACUAUGCCCGGGAACUUGUUUCUGGAGUAAAAAGAGGUGUGGAACUGGAUAACAUCAUUCGUAAAAUUGGCAUUACGGGUAUCAUAAAUGGUAUGGAUGUCCAGGAGUGGAAUCCUGCUACAGAUAAAUACAUUGGCAUCAAAUACGAAGCCGCAACCGUUAUGGAAGCAAAACCUUUGCUGAAGGAAGCUCUUCAAGCAGAAGUUGGGUUGCCUGUUGAUAGGAACAUUCCUUUAAUAGGUUUCAUUGGUAGAUUGGAAGAGCAGAAGGGUUCGGACAUCAUGGUUGCAGCUAUUUCACAAUUGGCCGAAUACAAUGUGCAAAUAGUAAUCCUUGGAACCGGGAAAAAAGCAUUUGAAAAACAGAUUGGACAGCUAGAGGUAAUGUACCCUGAUAAGUGUAGAGGAGUGGCCAAAUUCAAUGUCCCAUUGGCGCACAUGAUUAUAGCUGGAGCUGAUUUUAUGUUGAUCCCGAGUAGAUUUGAGCCCUGUGGUCUCAUCCAGCUGCAUGCUAUGCGUUAUGGAACAGUACCCAUUGUUGCCUCCACUGGCGGUCUUGUUGACACCGUUAAAGAAGGUUACACAGGAUUCCAAAUGGGAGCUUUCCAUGUUGAAUGUGACAAAGUUGAUCCAGCUGAUGUAGCUGCCAUAGUUAAGACUGUCAUAAGAGCUCUCGGCACUUAUGCCACUUCUGCUUUGAAAGAAAUGAUCCUGAAUUGCAUGUCCGAAGAUCUGUCAUGGAAGGGGCCAUCAAAAUUGUGGGAGAAGAUGCUUCUAGGCCUAGAAGUUGCAGGCAGCGAACCAGGCAUUGAAGGGGAUGAGAUUGCUCCUCUUGCUAAGGAAAAUGUUGCCACUCCUUGAAGCAGCACCGAAUAGUAGAGUCUAAUAUUGACCAUAGUACAAUAGAUUAAUGCAUAUAGAUGACACCAUGUUUUUGCUUUUUCUGUUAUAUCUUCUUAUGAAGAGAUUUCACAACUAACUUGUGUGUAAUCUUGGACUUAAGGAACCAAGAAGAGAGUAUUAACGUGGGUAAGUAAAAUAAGAGUUCAUCUUUUUGUA